UAAUUGGGGCCUCAAGUGGCGCACCGCAGGAGCGCUCCCGUUGAUUAUAAGUUGCACGCGAUUUUCUUAGACAGUAUCACUCGACAGUUUGACUAGUAGAAGUACGCACAGUGAGUUUGGCUGUGAAAUAGAAAAUUUAUAAAUUAAAGUGUUGCAUCAUGAGUUCAAGAUUUGUUGUGUUCAUAUCCACAAUCUUUUUGGUGGUGAUAACUGGAGGUUACAGUGCCUCAGUUGACUUAAAAUCGACCCGGAUUGUUGGAGGGGAGGAAGCGAAAGAUGGCGCUGCUCCUUAUCAAAUUUCGCUACAAUCAACUUUUGGACAUAACUGUGGAGGUGCAAUUAUUGCUGAACGCUGGGUUCUGACAGCCGCACAUUGUAUUGUUGGGCGGAAACCAUCUGAAUUGAAAGUUCUGGUUGGUACAAACAACCUUAAAGAUGGCGGCGAGCUAUUCGAUGUUGAUUUUCUGGUACACCACAGCCGUUACAAUAAACCAUCCUACCACAAUGAUAUCGCUCUAGUGCGGUUAGCGUCAAAAUUGAAUUUCAGUGAUCGCAUAAAACCGAUAGAGUACUCGGAAAAAUACGUGCCAGAUAAUGCCACAAUCACGUUGACCGGAUGGGGACGGCUUUCGGCAGGCGGAACUGCCCCAAACAAGCUUCAAACUAUCAAUCUACUCAACGUCGAUCAUGAUCGCUGCAAAGAGUUACACGGCGGAGACGAAAGUGUGGACAUCGGACAUUUGUGCACUUUCACGAAAAAGGGAGAAGGUGCAUGCAACGGUGAUUCAGGAGGCCCUCUAACAUGGGAAGGAAAGCUGGUGGCGCUGGUAAAUUGGGGUAUACCUUGCGGUCGAGGAUACCCGGAUGCACAUGCAAGAAUUUCCUACUACCAUGAUUGGAUUCGAACGAAUGUGGCGAGCAACAGCGACUGAACUGAAUAUACCUAUGAAACUUGAACAAUAAACCAGAGCCGUCUCGUGUGAUAUUUAAUUAUAUGUGCACUGAUUCACGUAGGAUUCUCCAGUAUCGUAUACUCAAGCAGUUAAAUUAUAAACUCCGACUUAUGGACUUAUGGACGUGGAAUUACCAAUCAAAAUAUAUUAUUUCAAGCAUAAA